GACGACUGCAACGAUCAGGGUCGCUGUGUCCGCGGGCGCUGCGUGUGCUUCCCUGGUUACAGCGGCCCCAGCUGUGGCUGGCCCUCCUGCCCCGGGGACUGCAACGGCCGUGGGCGCUGCGCGAAAGGCGUAUGCGUGUGCCGCGCGGGCUUCUCCGGGGACGACUGCAGCCAGCGCUCCUGCCCCCGGGGCUGCAGCCAGAGGGGGCGCUGCGAGGACGGGCGCUGCGUGUGCGACCCCGGCUACACUGGCGAAGACUGUGGGAAGAGGAGCUGCCCCCGGGGCUGCAGCCAGAGGGGGCGCUGCGAGAACGGACGCUGCGUGUGCGACCCCGGCUACACUGGCGACGACUGCGGGGUGAGGAGCUGCCCACGGGGCUGCAGUCAGAGGGGGCGCUGCGAGGACGGGCGCUGUGUGUGCGACCCCGGCUACACCGGCGACGACUGCGGCUCGCGGAGCUGCCCGUGGGACUGUGGCGAGGGCGGACGCUGCGUGGACGGCCGCUGCGUGUGCUGGCCCGGGUACGCGGGCGAGGACUGCAGCACCCGGACGUGCCCGCGGGACUGCCGGGGCCGCGGGCGCUGCGAGGACGGCGAGUGCAUCUGCGACUCAGGGUACAGCGGGGACGACUGUGGAGUGCGCAGCUGCCCAGGCGACUGCAGCCAAAGGGGCCGCUGCGAGGACGGCCGCUGCGUGUGCUGGCCAGGGUACACGGGGCCCGACUGCGGCUCGCGCGCCUGCCCCCGCGACUGUCGGGGCCGAGGGCGCUGCGAGAACGGCGUCUGCGUGUGCAACGCGGGCUAUAGCGGUGAGGACUGCGGCGUGCGCAGCUGUCCCGGGGACUGUCGCGGCCGGGGCCGUUGCGAGAGUGGCCGCUGCGUGUGUUGGCCCGGGUACACAGGUCGGGACUGCGGCACGCGCGCCUGCCCUGGAGACUGUCGUGGUCGCGGGCGCUGCGUGGACGGCCGCUGCGUGUGCAACCCCGGCUUCGCGGGCGAGGACUGCGGGAGCCGUCGGUGCCCUGGGGACUGCCGCGGGCGGGGCCGCUGCGAGGAUGGCGUGUGCGUGUGCAACGCGGGCUACGAGGGAGAGGACUGUGGUGUGCGCAGCUGCCCAGGAGGUUGCCACGGCCGCGGCCAGUGCCACGACGGGCGCUGCUUGUGUGACGAUGACUACUCGGGGGAGGACUGCAGCAUAAGGCGGUGCCCCCGCGACUGCAGUCAGCAUGGCGUGUGCCAGGACGGCGUGUGCACCUGCUGGGAGGGCUACGCCGGCGAGGACUGUGGCCUCCGUACCUGCCCCUCCAACUGCCACCAGCGCGGCCGCUGCGAGGAUGGGCGCUGCAUGUGCAACUCAGGCUACACCGGCCCCUCUUGCGCUACCCGCACCUGCCCAGCGGAUUGCCGGGGCCGGGGGCGCUGUGUGCAGGGAGUGUGUGUGUGCCACGUGGGCUAUAGCGGCGAGGACUGUGGGCAGGAAGAGCCUCCCGCCAGCGCCUGCCCUGGGGGCUGUGGGCCCCGGGAACUGUGCCGCGCUGGCCAGUGUGUAUGCGUGGAGGGCUUUCGAGGACCUGACUGCGCCAUUCAGACGUGCCCCGGGGACUGCCGUGGCAGGGGAGAGUGCCGUGAGGGCAGCUGUGUCUGUCAAGAUGGUUAUGCAGGGGAGGACUGUGGGGAAGAGGUUCCAGCCAUUGAGGGCAUGAGGAUGCAUCUCCUAGAGGAGACAACGGUUCGGACAGAGUGGACCAGGGCUCCUGGCACUGUGGAUGCCUACGAAAUUCAGUUCAUUCCCACGACGGAGGGGGUGAGCCCCCCAUUCACAGCACGGGUACCCAGCUCUGCCUCAGCCUAUGACCAGAGAGGACUGGCGCCCGGUCAGGAGUACCAGGUCACAGUCCGUGCCCUUCGAGGGACUAGCUGGGGCCCUCCUGCCUCUAAGACCAUCACCACCAUGAUUGAUGGCCCACAAGACCUCCGGGUGGUGGCUGUGACACCAACCACACUGGAGCUCAGCUGGCUGCGACCCCAGGCAGAAGUGGACCGAUUUGUGGUGUCCUAUGUCAGCGCUGGCAACCAGAGGGUGCGGCUGGAAGUGCCCCCAGAGGCAGAUGGGACAGUGCUGACUGACCUGAUGCCAGGCGUGGAAUAUGUAGUGACCGUGACGGCGGAGCGGGGCCGGGCAGUAAGCUACCCGGCUUCUGUCAGAGCCAACACAGCACCAGGCCACUACAGUUACCCGGAGGUGCGCCCCCCAGCCCCGUCCCCCAAGCCCCGUCCCCGGCCGUCUCCGGCCCCGCGACCCCCGCGCCCCGCACGCCCCGCUCGGCCCUCGCGGCCCGCAGAGGAGGGCGAGGAGGAGCCUGGGCCUGAGCCUAGCCUGCCGCAGCCCCCUCGGCGGGCGUGGGGCAACCUGACGGGCGAGCUGGGCCGUUUCCGUGGCACUGUGCAAGACCUGGAGCGCCACCUGAGGGCUCAUGGCUACCCACUGCGGGCCAACCAGACCUACGCGUCCGUGGCGCGCCACAUCCACGAGUACUUGCAGCGGCGUCGGGCCGCCGCCGCCCCCGUCGGCCCCCCCGCCCCCUCGCCCCGCCGCCCCCACCCCACCGCCAGCCCCGACCCCGGCACCUGGAAGCGGGACUCCAACCAGGGCAUCUACGGCCUCUCGCCCGAAGGCGUCGACCGGGUGGCCGCGCCCCGCCACCCCAAGCCCGAGGUGCUGGGCAGUUCCGCCGACGGCUCACUACUGGUGUCCCUUGACGGGCUCCGCGGCCACUUCGAGCGCGUGGUACUGCGCUGGCGGCCCCAGCCGCCGGCAGAGGGCCCUGGCGGGGAGCUGACCGUGCCGGGCACCACGCGCACCGUCAGCCUACCUGACCUCAGGCCCGGCACCACCUACCACGUGGAGGUCCACGGGGUGCGGGCAGGGCAGACCUCCAAGUCCUACGCCUUCAUCACCACCACAGGGUCCUCUCCUUCAGGCCUCUUGGGAGCCACUGAUGAGCCUCCUCCCUCGGGCCCUUCCACGACUCAAGGGGUCCAGGCCCCGGAACUGCAGCAACGUCCCCAGGAGCUGGGAGAGUUGAGGGUGCUGGGCAGAGACAAGACAGGGAAGCUCCGCGUUGCUUGGACUGCUCAGCCUGACACGUUUGCCCACUUCCAGCUCCGCCUUCGGGUGUCCGAGGGGCCAGGAGUGCAUGAGGAACUACUGCCAGGGGACGUCCGCCAGGCUCUGGUGCCCUCACCCCCUCCUGGAGUCUCCUAUGAGCUGUCACUUCGUGGGGUCCCCCCGGAGGGCGAGCCCUCUGCCCCUCUCAUCUACCAAAGCAUUAUGGACAGGGAUGGGGCGAAGCCUGGGAAGCCCUUGGCCCAGCCACGCCUGGGCGAGCUGAUGGUGACUGACCCAACCUCCAACUCUCUGCUCCUGCACUGGACGGUCCCUGAGGGCGAGUUCGACUCCUUCGUGAUCCAGUACAAGGACAGGGAUGGGCCCCAGGUGGUACCUGUGGAGGGAUCCCAGCGCUCAGCCCGCAUCACUAACCUGGACGUCGGCCGCAAGUACAAAUUUGUGCUAUAUGGGCUCCUGGGCAAGAAGAGGCAUGGGCCCCUGGUGGCUGAAGCCAAGAUCCUGCCUCAGAGUGAUCCUAGCCCAGCGACUCCACCCCGCCUCGGCAAGCUGUGGGUGACAGAUCCCACCCCAGACUCACUGCGCCUCUCCUGGACUGUCCCUGAAGGCCAGUUUGACUCCUUCAUAGUCCAAUACAGGGAUAGGGAUGGACAGCCCCAAGUGAUGCCCGUGGAAGGGCCUGAGCGCUCGGUCAUUGUCUCCUCGCUGGACCCUAACCACAAGUACAGAUUCACUCUGUUUGGGGUUGCCAACAAGAAGCGGCAUAGCUCCCUCACAGCCGAUGGGACCACUGCCUCAGAGCAGAGAGCGGAGUCCCUCCACCCAGAGUCCCCAGCACAGCCCCUGCUGGGGGAGCUGUCAGUGACUCAGGCAAACCCAGACUCCCUGCGCCUGGCCUGGACCGUGCCCCAGGGCUCCUUUGACUCCUUUGUGGUCCAGUACAAGGAUGCACAGGGCCAGCCCCAGGUGGUGCCUGUCAGGGGGGAUGAGAACGAGGUCACCAUCCCGGGCCUGGAGCCCCACCGGAAAUAUAAGAUGAACAUCUACGGGCUUCAUGGCAGGCAGCGUGUGGGACCUGUGUCUGUGGUGGCCACCACAGCCCCCCAGGACCUUGUGGAGGAGACGCCUAGCCCCACAGAACCCAGCACGGAGGCCCUGGAGCCCCCCGAGGAGCCCCUCCUGGGGGAGCUGACGGUGACAGGAUCCUCCCCAGACUCGCUGAGCCUCUCCUGGACCGUCCCCCAGGGCCACUUCGACUCUUUCACUGUCCAGUAUAAGGACGGGGACGGGCGGCCCCAGGUGGUGCGUGUCAGGGGUGAUGAGAACGAGGUCACCGUCGGGAGCCUGGAGCCGGGGCGCAGGUACAAGAUGCACCUGUAUGGCCUGCACGAGGGGCAGCGCCAUGGCCCCGUGUCCACCAUGGGCGUCACCGCUCCACACCCAGAAGAGACCCCAGCCACAGAGCCGCCCCUGGAGCCACGCCUGGGGGAGCUGACAGUGACCGAUGUGACCCCCAACUCCGUGGGCCUUGCAUGGACAGUCCCCGAGGGCCAGUUUGACUCCUUUGUGGUCCAGUACAAGGACAGGGACGGGCAGCCCCAGGUGGUGCCUGUGGCCACAGACCAGCGCGAGGUCACCAUCCCCGGCCUGGAGCCUGCACGCAAGUACAGGAUGAACUUCUAUGGGCUACAUGAUGGGCAACACAUGGGCCCCCUCUCUGUAGUAGCUGUGACCGCUCCCCUCCCCACAGCCCCAGCCACAGAGUCCCCCCAGGAGCCACAGCUGGGGGAGCUGACAGUGUUAGACAUGACCCCAGACUCCGUGACCCUCUCCUGGACGGUCCCCAACGGUGAAUUCGACUCCUUCAUGGUCCAGUACAAGGACAGGGAUGGGCAGCCCCAUGUGGUGCCCGUGGCCGCAGACCAGCGUGAGGUCACCGUCCCCGGCCUGGAGCCCAGCCGGAAGUACAAGUUCCUGGUCUACGGGCUUCAGGAUGGGAAGAGACGCAGCCCAGUCUCUGUAGAGGCAAAAACAGCUGCCCAAGGUGACGCCAGCCUCAAGGCCCCCCCCCGCCUGGGGGAGCUGUGGGUGACAGAUCCCACCCUGGACUCACUACACCUCUCCUGGACUGUGCCCGAGGGCCAUUUUGACUCCUUUGUGGUCCAGUUCAAGGACAGAGAUGGGCCCCACAUGGUACCCGUGGGAGGCCACGAGCGCUCGGUCACCGUCACCCCUCUGGACCCUGGUCGCAAGUACAGAUUCCUCCUUUAUGGGCUCCUGGGCAAGAAGCGCCAUGGCCCCCUCACUGCUGAAGGCACCACAGAGCCCAGGAGUGGUGUGGACGAUGCUAGAACAAAGCACCCCCCAAAGCCCCGUCUCGGGGAAGAGCUACAGGUGACCAGCGUGACACCAGACUCUGUGAGCCUCGCGUGGACGGUCCCUGAGGGCCACUUUGACUCCUUUGUGGUCCAGUACAAGGACAGGGACGGGCAGCCCCAGGUGGUCCCUGUGGAGGGCAGCCUCAGGGAGGUCAGCGUCUCUGGCCUGGACCCAGCCCGCAGGUAUAAGCUGCUGCUGUACGGGCUGCACCAGGGCAAGCGUGUGGGUCCCAUCUCUACCAUCGCCUUGACUGCCCCCAGAGAAGAUAUCGAUGCCGAGGCCCCAAGUCCUCCAGGGCCUGAGCCCCGCCUAGGGGAGGUAACUGUGGAGGAAGCGACACCAGACACCUUGCAUCUCUCCUGGACCGAGACUGAGGGCGAUUAUGACUCCUUCGAGGUCCACUACACAGACCAAGAUGGGCAACUCCAAGUGGUCAGGAUAGAUGGUGACCGGAAUGAUGUCAUCCUCUCUGGACUGGAAUCUGAACACAGAUACCUAGUGAACCUGUACGGUUUCCGUGGCCAGCAGCGUGUGGGUCCUGCCCACAUCGAGGCCCUAACAGCCCCAAGGGAAGAGGAAGAUGAACCUUCAGAACCUCCCACCAAGCCCCGCCUCGGGGAGCUAGCCGUGACCGACGCCACCUCCGACUCGCUGCACCUCUCCUGGACCGUCCCCGAGGGCCAGUUUGACCACUUCCUGGUGCAGUACAAGAACGGGGACGGGCAGCCCAAGGCUGUCCGCGUCCCGGGUUAUGAGGAGGGGGUCACGGUGUCAGGCCUGCAGCCAGACCACAAGUACAAGAUGAACCUAUAUGGCUUCCACGGUGGCCAGCGCGUGGGCCCAGUCUCUGCCAUUGGGGUGACAGCYGCAGAGGAAGAGACCSCAGYGCUCCCYGAGGUGGAGGAGACRCCCAGCCCCACAGAACCCAGCACAGAGGCCCCGGAGCCCYCCGAGGAGCCCCUCCUGGGGGAGCUGAYGGUGACAGGAUCCUCCCCAGACUCGCUGAGCCUCUCCUGGACCRUCCYCCAGGGCCACUUCGACUCCUUCACUGUCCAGUACAAGGACGGGGAUGGGAGGCCCCAGGUGGUGCGUGUCAGGGGUGAUGAGAACGAGGUCACCGUCGGGAGCCUGGAGCCGGGGCACAGGUACAAGAUGCACCUGUAUGGCCUGCACGGCGGGCAGCGCCAGGGCCCCGUGUCCACCGUGGGCAUCACUGGUGAGUGUGGGCGGGGACCCUGUGCCCAAGGUCUCCUUCCAUUUUCUCUUGUUUCCCCCCUUUGGAUCUCAGCACCUCAGAGAUGGUCCUUUAAGUGCCUCUCCUUUCUCUUAUGACACUAAUGGUCCUGUGUCAUCCCUUAGUUGAGUGAGGAUGGUGGAGACGGCGUUCUCCGUCUGUUGGCGUGUACCUGUGCUUCAUAAAUUGUACUUGUCUUCUUGAUCUUGCUUCAUUCUUCAUAUAUGGCCUCCUCAGGCUUCCCGAGUAUUUUACUGACUCCAAAUGCAGCUGCAGGACCAGAUUCUCUGGUUUGAUUCCUGCUCUAGACGAAGUGAUUGUAUGAAUUCAUGAACAUUUCUUAACUUCUCUGUGCCUCAAAUCCACGCAGAAUGGGGAUGCUAAUGGCAAUGGCAUCUCCUUCAUAUGUUGUGUGAGGAUACGUGUGCUGGUGUGUGAGCUGCUUACAGCCAUGUCUGGGACACAUUAAACACGUUAGA